GCACCAUUAAUCGCCUUGUGCUAUUCCUUACAUUUUUAAUCUGUGACACUUUAGCAUAACUGCGAGUUGCAAGUAAUUCUAGAACGCAAUACUUAAGGCAAAGCUGUGACUAUUUUUGCUGAGUGCAUGUUAAAGGCCCCAACAUGCUAAUUUAUGAAACCCAGUAGUCUCCUCUUGAGUGCUAGACAAUGACUUUGCAGUUUUGGAGGGAAGGUGUGGUCAAACUUAAGGGUCAGACAAGCAGCCAAAACAUCUUUUUUGUUUGCUCAUUUUCUUUUUAGGAAAUACCAGUUGGAUGUUUGAUAUGUUUUAUAUUUAUUGCUGAGGUGUAAAUGACAAUGAAAGGGUCCACAAAAAGGUGAAAUCCCUGUUUAAGAAUGGAUCCAUAUCAAAGGAUGAUUCUGGUGGUAAUUCAUAUUUUUAUUACUUUUAUCAAAUCCCAUUAAAACCACUGAUUAUUUUUUUCCUUUUAAAAUACAUUUUGACAGUAGUGUAGACACAAUAUAAGGUAUGCUCUUGUGCCGUAGAACUGUAUUGUGGGAUAAAUUAAUUGUUUAUCAAUAAUGAUAAAAAAAUUAAUGUUUUUUUUGGUCAUAAUUCAUGCAAAAGUAGCCUACAACAUUACCUAUUAUUGCUCUUUUAAAAAAAAAUGUACCACUUUUCCAUGUUCUUACUCUCAGAGGACCUACCUUCACUAGCACUAUUUCACUCAAAGGGACUGUAAUAUGAACUACUAAAAAACAGCUGGCCAGACUUUAUGUAAGGAGUAGUUUUCCACAGAUUUUGUUUAAGCUGAAACGCUUUUCUAUUCGCCUCCAGAGCCAGCAAGUUAGGCUGCUCAUUGUACUCACUGCAAACAGUAGGUCGUUGAACUGAAGGAAACGCAACGAAAGGUGCUCUCAGUGGCAUAACAACACAUGCUGCAGCAAUGUGUUUUGUCGGAAAAAAAAACCUGUCUGUCUGACGUAUUGAUUACAACGCAACGUGCCCGGUCAGUCUAGGGGCUCACAUCCAUGUUAUUGUUGACUCAGGUAUUAGCCUUAGUAUGUCAUACCCAUCAUGAAUAAGUAAUGUUUUGUUUUGGCAGCACCAAUAACUUACAGUUACCUUGACAUUAGCCUACUUGUGGGGUUGUUUGAGUCUAAUUUUAUAAAAAAUAUGUAAUUUUCUCAUUAUAGUUCUGCUGAAAGCAGCAACAAUCAGUAUUUUAUAAGUAUGAAUAAUGGAUCAUAUUGUAUGUGAAAUAAGUCGGCUGUAGUGAAGAAUCCAAAGAGGAUUAUCACUCUGCAUGUUGUCGUUUCCCUUUAUAAUACAUAUAUUACCAAAUAUUAACUGUGCAUGGACAAAGAUACAUUCCCUAUUUGAAUAAUUAGGAAUGCAGCGAUAUUGCACUUUGCGCCGUCUCUGUUUUGAUGCCAAUGCGUAUGACGCACUCCAGCGGAGGUGUCUUCUCGCCUGCGUGGAACUCGUCCCCACUGGUCCCCUGCCUCCCCUUCCUCCCUACUGAUAAUGGGUGGUGGGGAUGGUUCUUGUUAGUCAUGUAAGAGGGGUGUAACGGCACAGCCCUGGGUCUCCACCAAUGGAAAUAUGGGCUGGGCUCAACACCCAUGUUCGGGGAUCUUGAUAUAUAACCACCGUAAAACAUCCCCAAAGGCUAUUGUUUAUCAUCCCGCACCCGCUGCUGCUUUUUUGGAAAACUUUCUGUUGAAUAUCUAUUCAGGAUGGAUAAAAAGUCUUAUUUGGUUCAGAUGAAUGGGAAUGGGGUACACGGCACCAUCAACGGCAAAGGCCUGAAUGGGGCCGGAGUCAAUGGGAAGGGAGUGCACGGGAACGCCGUCCGCCACGUCAGUGUGAAUGGCAGCUUGUAUCCGACCAAAGCCAAAAGCCGCAGGCAGAUAUGGGAAGUGAAGCCCUCCAAAAUGGCCAACAACACGUUGAAUCCCAUUAGGGCCAUUGUGGAUGGGAUGGAACUCACUCCGAACCCGGAUAAACCCAUGAUCUCGCUUUCCAUAGGGGAUCCCACUGUGUUUGGAAACCUGCCUACCCAUAAUGCAGUGCUGCAGGCCAUGAAAGAUGCCAUAGACACCCAAAAAUACAACGGCUACGCUCCUUCUGUUGGUUACCUGAAGAGCCGACAGGCAGUGGCCAACUUCUACAGCUGCCCUGAGGCCCCACUGGAGGCAGAGGAUGUGAUUUUGACUAGCGGCUGCAGUCAAGCCAUUGACCUGGCUAUCAGUGUCCUGUGUAACCCAGGGGACAACAUCCUGGUCCCAUGCCCAGGCUUCUCCUUAUAUAAGACUUUGGCUGUCUCCAUGGGCAUCGAGGUCAAACUCUAUAACCUGCUGCCAGAGAAGUCAUGGGAGGUCGACCUGCAACACAUGGAGAGCAUGAUUGACGAGAGGACGUCCUGUCUGAUUGUUACCAAUCCGUCCAACCCGUGUGGCUCCGUCUUCAGCAAGGAACACCUGCAGAAAAUCCUCAAAGUGGCCUCCAGACACUGCGUCCCCAUUCUGGCCGAUGAAAUCUACAGCGAUAUGGUUUUCCCAGGCUGCAUUUCUCCCUCCAUGGCGUCUCUCAGCAGUGACGUUCCCAUCCUUUCCUGCAGCGGCUUGGCUAAGCGCUGGCUGGUCCCCGGUUGGAGGAUGGGAUGGAUCCUCAUCCAUGACAGGGAUAAUAUAUUUGGAUCCAAGAUUCGACAGGGUCUGGUGAAACUGAGCCAACGUAUUCUGGGAGCCUGCAGUAUCAUCCAGGGUGCCCUGGAGAGCAUCCUCAACAACACACCUCAAAGCUUCUACAACAACACCAUCAGCUUUCUGAAGACCAACUCUGAGAUCUGUUUCAGUGAGCUGAGCACCGUCCCUGGGCUGAACCCCAUCAUGCCUUCAGGAGCCAUGUACCUCAUGGUGGGGAUUGACAUGAAUCACUUUCCAGAUUUUAAGGACGAUGUGGACUUUACUCAACAGCUGGUGACAGAGCAGUCGGUCUUCUGUCUGCCUGCCUCAGCGUUUGAGUACCCUAACUUCUUUCGCAUCGUGGUGACGGUGCCGGAGGAGAUGAUGGUGGAGGCCUGCGGUCGGAUCAGGGAGUUUUGCAAGAGCCACCAUCGGCCCCACAGCCGCGACAGCAACGAUCUGGACCAGUGAUAAGUCAGAGCUGGACCAGUCCGACGACAUUUCGCCUCGCGGAGACCAAAGCCUAGAGGACAGAAGAAUUGUCCACUAGUCACAUAAGAGCUGGAAUCAGCUUUCAACUUGUCUUCCACUGUUGUUAGGAAGUUAGAGAUGUAGAGGUCGGACGUCAAAACUUUGCUAGUAUCGUCACCACUAUGGCAACUAAAAAGCUUGGGAGAGACACAUUUGAUUGUCCACCAAUGGUGUCAUUUUCUAUGUAAACCGUAUGCAAUGAGCAGACCUAAUAUUUAUAUUUUAUACAGGCAGCGUAUAUGACUUGUUCUUGUGUAUUUAUAUAAUUUGUGUAAUGCUUUGUAUGUCAUUGUGAUGUAACCUCUUUGAUAUAAACUGCAGGAUUGUAGACUGUGCGUACCGUUCACGUGGCUUCUUUGCUGUCCCAAUUAUGGGAAGUGAAUAUAUAUUUUAAUAUCCAUUUUUGUAAACGAUACGCAUGGAAAGAGAAAGCAACUUCCGACUACAUUGGCAUGCUCUUUAUCAGAACAGUCUUUGUAUGUUGUUUGUAUGUGAUAUAUGUAUAUAUACAUAUAUAUAUAUAUGUAUAUAUAUCAAAAAAUUGUAUUUAGUACUUUCUUUAUAGCUAAUAAAAACAUGUUGACAUGACUGGUAAGAACAAAGCAUUCUGCAUAUCCAUAAAAAGACCGUAUGGUGUACAAUAGCAUAAUUAAAAUCUUAUUUUCAUGGAAUCACAAAUUAGCUUCAGACGGCCUCACAAUCUGUGCAACGCAAUCCAUAGGCUGUUCUAUUCUUAUGUAACUUCCUGUAUGACUGCGACUACAAAGAUGUACAGUACACACAUAGAGAAAUCCAUGUGUGUACUGUAUUUUACAGACCUGGACAUCAUCCAUAACUUCUCCGGUUGAUAAAGCGACUUUUAACUUGGCAGCAUUUCUCUAUCGUGAGGUUGUGAAAUUUCGCUUAAACCAUUAAAAGUCUCUAUAAAACCUUUUACUGUACAAUGUUCAAGCCGGGGGGAAAAAAUCUAAUACAUGUCUGGUGCACGUAAAAUAAAUGGUAUAAUAAUUUAGCAUUAGCAACGUCAAUCUGUCCAUCACUUUUUGUCUGGACUGAAAUGUCUUAACCUUGGGAUGUAUUGCCAUGAAAUCUUGACAUUCAUGGAGGACUUUUGGUGCUCCCUUGACCUUUCCUCUAGCGCCACCAUGAGGUCGACAUUCGUGGUUUUAAGCGUAAAAAGUCUUGACAAAUGUUGGAUGCAUCCCCCUCACGAUCAAUUGUAACAACUCUGGUGAUCCUCUAACUUUUGAUCAAGUGGCAUCAGCAGGCAAACAUUUUUGGUAAUUGACCAAAUACACGCAAAACCAAUGACAUUACCGUCAGUCUCAGCCGUACUUUGUGUUAAGUGGUAAUUAUAAGACGUUGCCGCACAAACCUGCUUAGUAAACACGGUAAACAUUGCAGCUGCUAAACAACAGCAUAUUAGCUUUGUCUCUGUGAGCUUGUUAAUGUUAGCAUGUAACUCUAUGUACUGUAUCCUCAAAGUGGCAGUAUGUUUGUCUUGUUCGUUGAUAACUGGAACAGGGCCCCUCUGCAUGACAGAUAAUCAGGAGGAUGGGUAAUAAUGUAGGACGCCCUUAUCGAACAUAUUUUCAAUAAUCACAUCACCACAAACCAAAUGGCACACUAUUUAUUGAGGCGUUCAGGGCCCAUGGGGCAGUUGUUUUUUUCUUCAAAU